AUAAUACAAAAAAGUUAGACAACGCAAACCACUGCGGAAGAAGACAGAAGGAAAGUGAUCUUUCUUUUAGCAUAUUUUUCCGCGGUGGUUUUCCGUCAUCUAAUUUCUUGUAACAUGCACCAACUAUUCCAAAAGAAGUUUUACGUUGAAGAUAAGUACAUCCCGAGUAUUCUUGCCCCCUUUUGAAUUCUGAAGAGUCGAACAUGAGUCAUUUAAGGCCAUUUUCGCUGCUGUGUAUGCAAGUAGGCAUUUCACUGCUUCAUUAUCACAUUGGCUGUCCAUGCUUCUUCACGCUGGCACAAUUUUGUAGUCUCAGUUUUUUUCAAGUACGUAAUGAGCAUACUUCUUCUUGCGAGGCAGUUCAACGAGGCCUCUUGUUUACGUGCUAUUGCCUAACGUGAGCGUCUUCUCUUUUUUUCAUGUGGUGAACCAAUAAAAUCGAGUGGAAGGAAAUUGUCUGGAACCGCGGAUAUGACCUCUCUUUGGUACUUCUCCUCCCCUUUGGAUUGGCGAUGGAUCACAACUACGAUCGUUUUCGCGGUGACGUACCUGUUGGGUCGCUUUUACUACCAUGUAUCGAAGUACCCGAAGGGACCCGUCCCAUUUCCACUCGUGGGUAACCUACUGGCUUUGCGCAACGUGACCGACCUGCACGCAAAGUCAACCGAAUGGUCAAAGACAUAUGGGGACGUCUUCACCUUGUGGAUGGCCCACAGGCCUAUGGUGAUGUUGAACAGCUACACAGUUAUUCGGGAAGCACUGGUGCAGCGACGGCACGACUUCGCCGGCCGCUUUCCAACCAGAUCAGGAGCCCUGCAAAACCAAGGCAACCACGAUAUAGUAUUCGAAGACUACAACCCCUGUUGUAAGGCUCUUCGGAAGGUGGCACUGUCAGCGGUGAGACAGUAUGCUGCCAGCAAGUCUCUGGAAAAGCUCUGCACCGAUAUUGUUGACGCAUUUGCGGAUUCCCUAAAAGAAGGACCACAGGUCAUGGACCUGAGAAAACCUAUUUUUUCUCUCCUUUGCAAGAUCAUAGGAGUAUCUAUAUACGGCACAAGGCUGUACGAGGAAAAAGAGGAUAUCGAACGCUUGGAAGACUUCAACCGCCGGUUCUACGAAAUUUCGCCCAAUGGCCUGCCCAGCGACAUCGCUCCUUUUCUUGCCGUUCUGUAUUACAAGAAAGAGAAGAGGAUGGCGGCGUUGUUCAGUGAGCUCGGAGAAGUCAUACGAAGGCUGUUCUCGAAAGCCGAAGAGACCUACAGUCCAGGUAAGACGGAGAACUUCACGCACGCCAUCUUGGCCGCCCGAGAGGAAGCCAUCAAGGAGGACAGAGCUGAUGCGCAGUACUUGACCAAAGACAACAUGAUCCUCGUUACAAUGAACCUCCUUAAUGCUGGAUCCGAUACAUCUACAGGCACACUGCAGUGGCUUCUGCUACACAUGACAAAAGAACCCAGCAUUCAAACUAGGAUCCAAAAAGAAAUAGAAGACAACAUUGGGAGCGUGCCACCUGUGUACGGAGACCGUGAGAAGCUUCCUUUCACCGUGGCUUGCCUGCUGGAGACGCUGAGGAUGCACCCCGCGGCGCCCCUUGGAUUACCUCAUAACACAACCACUGGCACUCGAGUCGGAAAGUGGGACAUACCCAAGGACACGGGCAUGCUGUACAACAUCUACGCCGUGCACCAUGACCCAGAGAACUGGGAGAAACCCGAGGAGUUCCGUCCAGAACGGUUCCUGGAUCCUGUGACGGGCAAAGUGCGCACUGACACCGGUCCUUUGAUCACCUUCGGCCAGGGAGCCCGAAGCUGCCCAGGAGAGAAGCUAGCUCACGCCGACAUGUUCUAUAUUCUCGUCCGACUCUUGCAGAGGCUCAGAGUCAGCGCGCCUAACGGUUCCUCACAUGCGAACUUGAACGGAAAUGGAUCGAGCUUGUUUUUACACCCUGUGCCGCAAGACAUUGUAUACACUAGAAGAAUUUAAACACAUUUCUGGUUACGUACAAACA